ACAUGAUGACCCUGGUUACCUGCAGGCAUGCGUCUUGAGCAUUCAAGACGUUACCAAAAGUUUCGCCGCCGUAUAUUAUCAGUCUAGAUAUCCUGCAUACAUCCCCCGCAGAUCUCUACUAUGAGCAAAACCACCUUCAGUAUUUGUACGUUGACUUCAGCAUGCGACACAAAACUGGCUCAAAAGACAGACGUCGUUGUUACACUUGUUCCAUCACCUGGGGACGAAGAUAGCGUGAGGAGUAAGCCAAUAUCUUGGAAGGUCCUUACAUUCCACGCCGAAAGCGCUGCAAAUCAUUCACUUACUAUAAACCCAGAGAUUGCCGUUUGCACAGUCAAGGAAGAAGAAAACGGCAUACUGACUCCCCAGCUCAGCAAAACACUUAUGGCGGCCAGGUUGUACUCAAGCCUGCGAAGGAGGGAAGCGAGAUAUAUUGGGAGUCAGCCUCUCAUGCGUUUUCCAAUGACAGUUUCACAAUCAAGAAUGAGUGUGAGGAUACCAGGCUUGCUCUAUGCUUAUUCGAAGAGGACGACGUCAAAUGUCAGCCUAUCGUUGAUUUGGGCACACUCCCACAGGGCCAACAAUUCACGAUUAAUGGACCGUUAUAUCUACAAGCCUACGCUAUGGUAGAACCAACGGCAGGAAUGCCGCUGGAAUUGAUGGAGAUGGGGUAUACC